AUGUCUCGCCGCACAAGAAGCAAAGUGGCUUAUUUUGCUUCUUACAGAGCUUCACAAGCCUGUCACCAUUCACACGAAACACAUCGCUGUCCGCUAUCAUUUUCUGCGACAGGAAGUUCAAGCAGGAUCCAUCUGCUCAAGUACAUUUCAACGAAGGAGCAGGCUGCUGAUGGGUUCACUAAGCCCCUUGCCUCUAUCAUGUUUAAGAGAUUUGUUAGCCAGCUAGGCCUUGCGCCCAUCAAUUGA